ACACAUACUGGUGAGAAACCUUAUCAUUGUGAUAUCUGUGUUAAAUCAUUCUCUCAAAGCACUAACUUGACUGAUCACAUACGUACACAUACUGGUGAGAAACCUUAUCAUUGUGAUAUCUGUGGUAAAUCAUUCUCUCAAAGCACUAACUUGACUGAUCACAUACGUACACAUACUGGUGAGAAACCUUAUCAUUGUGAUAUCUGUGGUAAAUCAUUCUCUCAAAGCACUAACUUGACUGAUCACAUACGUACACAUACUGGUGAGAAACCUUAUCAUUGUGAUAUCUGUGUUAAAUCAUUCUCUCAAAGCACUAACUUGACUGAUCACAUACGUACACAUACUGGUGAGAAACCUUAUCAUUGUGAUAUCUGUGGUAAAUCAUUCUCUCAAAGCACUAACUUGACUGACCACAUACGUACACAUACUGGUGAGAAACCUUAUCAUUGUGAUAUCUGUGUUAAAUCAUUC